AUUGAUUUGUUUGUCUGCAGAGAGGACGAGCAUCAGUUGAUAGCGCAGUACUGUCAAUCGUUGAAUGGCGAAUCGAUACCUGUGCCGCGCAGCCCAGUCCAAGUUAUGGUAGCUAUUGAUGCUGAACAGAGGGAAGAACUCGAAGCUAUGAUAAGGGAGCUAGAAGAAGAGAACGCGUCGCUGCAGGCGGAAUACGAGCGCCUGCGCAGUCGAUCGACGCCCGAGUCGACGCCGGAAGAGAUGCGUAGUGGAGGGGGAGGGGGUGACGGAGACAUGGUGGCCGAAGCGAGGCUGCUGCGUCAGCACAAAGGCCGGCUGGAGGCGCGCAUGCAGAUUCUCGAAGACCAUAACCGACAGCUAGAGGCGCAACUGCAGCGGUUGAGACAGCUUUUGGAUGAGCCAAGUAACGGAUCACCAUCUAAAACCGGAACUCUGCAAACAAGGUCUGUCACGGCUUCUCAGCUUGCCACGGAUUCGCCUGCCAAAAUGAACGGCCACUACCAUGAAUCACCAGGUGGUGGUCGCUGGACAGAUGGCCGCAGCAGCAUGGACCGCCCCCCUCCUCCGCCCCCCGUCACCCUCACCACCAGUGUGAGCGCCAAUCACAGCAUCAAUCUUGGCAAUCUCCAUCACAUGGCAGCUGGUAGAAUAUAGGUGACCUUGGAAAGGUGGUGAGUGAGCUGGUUACGGCAAUGACAGACAAGGAUGGCGAAGAAAAUGGCAGUUCGACUGCUUCCAGUGAGCACAACUAAAGAAUAAAGUCAAAAACUUUUUAAAAAUGUUAAUGCCUC